AUGACGGCGUCGGAGUAUCUCGGGAAGGCGAAGAUGCUCGUCGAAGCUCUGUCUCUGGCCGGCCAUCGUCUCUCCCUCGAUAAACAGGUGCUGUACGUGUUGAGAGGACUCCGGCCGAAAUUUAGGGCAAUGGCGAGUGCUCUCACUGUGACCGGCACACCGGUCACCUUAUCCCAACUCGGCGAUCUCCUCCAAGCACAGGACUUCAUCCAGGGGGAUGAAUUCACGGUGGACCAGUCUAGCAGUGCUGCUCCAGUGGCCAUGUACGCCGGUCGAGGAAGCCAGUCCAACGGCGGCUCUAGACGUGGUGGGCGGCACUCGAACAAUCGCGGCCGUGGGCGAGGUGGACGCCAGUCCGGCGGAAGCCGUGGCCGUGGCAGUCCUUGCUGCCAAAUCUGCAGAAGCCACGGCCACACAGCCGUGUUCUGCAACAAGCGCUACACCGAACCACCGCCGACCGCUCACAUGGCAGUCGCGGGAACACCUCCGCCGAAAACUGCUCAAUCCGAGGCCUGGUACCCCGACACCGGCGCUACCACCCACGCGUCGCCGGACGAGCAGUUGAUCGGUCACUCCGAGCCGUACACUGGUGGUGAUGUGUUGAAAGUAGGCAACGACGCAGGAUUGCACUACUCGGGAAAUACUCCUUCAAGGAUCCGCGAUAGGCGGCUUGUACAAAUUGUUGGUGCCGAGGUCACAUUUUGCACUCUUGACCGCAAAAACUACACCUGCAGUCUGGCAUCAACGUUUGGGUCAUCCACAUAA